AUGGCACAAGGAGGGUUGAAAACAAAGUUCUCUGCUGUUCCUCCCAAAGGCAAAGCAUCCAAAGGAAAGAAAAAGAAGCCCCUUGGCCCAAGAAAGGGUGGUCACUAUAUUGCUCCCAAGAAAGGCAAACGUAUCGAGACUGAUCGUGUCAAGAAGGCUUUGUCUAAGCAGAUUGACCUGGGCAUUGAGAAGGCCAUCCAUCAGCAAGCUCUCAGUGACGGCACUGAAUUCAGAUUGUUAGAAAACAAUAAACCAGCAUCUUCGACAAGCGGGUCAUCAAAAAGUGGACCAUCGAAAAGCAGACCAUCGAAAAGUGGACCAUCAAAGAGUGGGCCAUCGAAGAGCAAGUAA